AUGCCUCCCAAGUUCGACCCCAAUGAGGUGAAGAUCAUCCACCUGCGUGUGACUGGUGGUGAGGUCGGUGCCCAGUCCGCUCUGGCCCCCAAGAUCGGUCCCCUCGGUCUGUCUCCCAAGAAGAUUGGUGAAGAUAUCGCCAAGAACACUGGCGACUGGAAGGGUAUCCGUGUCACCGUCCGCUUGACCAUCCAGAACCGUCAGGCCGCCGUCUCCGUCGUUCCCUCCGCCUCUUCCCUGGUUAUCAAGGCCCUCAAGGAGCCUCCCCGUGACCGCAAGAAGGAGAAGAACAUCAAGCACUCCAAGUCCGUGACUCUCGACGAGAUCAUCGACAUGGCCCGUGUUAUGCGUGAGCGUUCCAUGGCCAAGGAGCUCCGCGGUACCGUCCUCGAGAUCCUCGGUACUGCCUUCUCCGUCGGCUGCCAGGUCGACGGUCGCAGCCCCAAGGACGUCUCCGACGACGUCAAGGCUGGCGAGAUUGACAUUCCCGAGGAAUAA